UCUAAUAAAUUUCCAACGCAGUAACGCAAAACUUUUAAACGCGUUCGCUUACACAGGAUAGAUCAGCCAAUUAAAAGAAGAAGAAAUACCCCCGAAAUGAAAGCAAUCUACGCCUUAGCAUGUCUUCUAUUGACUUUAACGGUCAGUAGCGCUGCCACUCUCAGUAGUGAAAACUACGCCCGUUAUAUAUGUCAUACGCGUGAAGACGGUUUCCGUAUCCUAGUACCGGGCAGCUGUUCACUGUACUAUGAGUGUAAAAAUGGUCAACCCAAGUUGGGGGCAUGUCCCUUCUUUUUCGAUUCCGAAAAUGGAAUCUGUACGCACAAGGACACGGGAUGUGUUGAGGGGCCAAUGCGAUAUGUAGAACUAAGGCCAGACCAAGCUAUUGAACCAGUGGCAGUGAAACCUAUGGAACCAGUGCCAGAGAAACAUAUAGAACCAGUGGCAGAGCAACAUAUUGAACCAGUAUCAGAGCAACAUAUAGAAACAUUGCCAGAGCAACAUAUCGAACCAGUAUCAGAGCAACAUAUAGAAACAUUGCCAGAGCAACAUAUCGAACCAGUGGCAGAGCAACAUAUGGUACCAGUGGUAGAGCAACAUAUCGAACCAGUGGUAGAGCAACAUAUGGUACCAGUGGCAGAGCAACAUAUGGUACCAGUGCCAGAGCAACAUAUGGUACCAGUGGUAGAGCAACAUAUUGAACCAGUAGUACCAGAGCAACAUAUCGAACCAGUGGUAGAGCAACAUAUGGUACCAGUGGUAGAGCAACAUAUGGUACCAGUGGCAGUAGCCACGGAGGCACCACCAUGCACAGCUACGACGGCGACAACGACACCGUGUACAGCAACUGUUGUCACGACUACAACGUGUUCAACAACAACUUGUACCACAACAACGCCAUGUUCGACAACAUCCACCACAACAACAACUACUACAACCCCCUGCACUACAACAACCACUUGCACUACAACAACCCCCUGCACUACAACAACCACCUGCACUACAACAACCCCCUGCACUACAACUACCACAACAACUACUACAACCCCCUGCACUACAACAAAAGCCACAACAACCUCUUGUACUACAACAGAAGCCACAACAACCUCUUGUACUACAACAAAAGCCACAACAACCUCUUGUACUACAACAGAAGCCACAACAACCGAAUGUACUACAACAAAAGCCACUACGAAAUCCACAACCGAAUGUACUACAACAGAAGCAACAACAACCGAAUGUACUACAACAAAAUCCACAACCUCUUGUACUACAACAGAAGCCACAACAACCGAAUGUACUACAACAAAAGCCACUACGAAAUCCACAACCGAAUGUACUACAACAGAAGCAACAACAACCGAAUGUACUACAACAAAAUCCACAACCGAAUGUACUACAACAGAAGCCACAACAACCGAAUGCACUACGAAAUCCACAACCGAAUGUACUACAACAGAAGCCACAACAACCGAAUGCACUACGAAAUCCACAACUGAAUGCACUACGAAAUCCACAACCGAAUGUACUACAACAGAAGCAACAACAACCGAAUGUACUACAACAAAAUCCACAACCGAAUGUACUACAACAGAAGCCACAACAACCGAAUGCACUACGAAAUCCACAACCAAAUGUACUACAACAGAAGCCACAACAACCGAAUGCACUACGAAAUCCACAACCGAAUGUACUACAACAGAAGCCACAACAACCGAAUGCACUACGAAAUCCACAACUGAAUGCACUACGAAAUCCACAACCGAAUGUACUACAACAGAAGCCACAACAACCGAAUGCACUACGAAAUCCACAACCGAAUGCACUACGAAAUCCACAACCGAAUGUACUACAACUAAAGCCACUACAACCGAAUGCACUACGAAAUCCACAACCGAAUGUACUACAACAGAAGCCACAACAACCGAAUGCACUACGAAAUCCACAACCAAAUGUACUACAACAGAAGCCACAACAACCGAAUGCACUACGAAAUCCACAACCGAAUGUACUACAGCAAAAUCCACAACCGAAUGUACUACAACAAAAGCCACAACAACCGAAUGCACUACGAAAUCCACAACCGAAUGUACUACAACAGAAGCCACAACAACCGAAUGCACUACGAAAUCCACAACCGAAUGCACUACGAAAUCCACAACCGAAUGUACUACAACAGAAGCCACAACAACCGAAUGCACUACGAAAUCCACAACCGAAUGUACUUCAACAAAAUCCACAUCAACCGAAUGUACCACAUCGGAGACCACAACUGAUUGCUCGACUACAUUGGCAUCCACAACUUCUUGCUCUUCAACUACUGCCUGUACCGCUACAACUACCAAAUGUACGACCACGGCUGUAACACCUUGUGCCAAUUCCGCAAAUUCCGCCAUUGGUGCUCCAGCCCUUCUUCAGCCACCACAGACAUUGCAAUCGAAUAUCGAUAUGUACAUGCGUUUUGUGUGCCGUGACAAGCCCAACAACUUCCUUGUAGCCUCUUUGAAGAGUUGCAAUCAAUACUAUAUGUGUCAAAAUGGUAUCGCUUUACCCGUUAGCUGUGGUCGAUUGUAUUUCAACGCCCUGAAGGGCACUUGCGAUUUGCCAGAGAAUACUGGAUGCAUUCAGUCUGCUGCAUUCAGACAUAAUUACUAAUUCAUUGAGUUCGAAGAAAAUUGAAACUCGAUGGUAUCGCUGGAAAACCAAUAAAUAAUGUACUUCUCCGUGCUAGAAAUUGACUAAAAGUAUUAUAUAAAAUAUGUAUUUAAUCGCAAAAUAUUCAAUAUGAAACCAAUUUUAUUUAAAUUUGUACCGUAUCUUAUUGUUGGUUGGAUUGGAUAUACGCCAGGGGAGCUUAAGUCAUGCCUUGUUAUACCCUAAACCAGCAAUGUGGUUUCAAAUAUAGCCUAUCGUUUGUAACACU